CGCACUACAUGACUAUCUCUUCUUCUUCUACCACAAAGCAGCGACCUGAAGCGACACCCCCCUGUCAAAAAUUGUUUCCCCAAAAACCAUUUUUGUCGUCUUCUGAAGGAACUCCACUGUACUACUUGUACUUCUUGUGCUUUCAUUUUUGAGCUUCUACGAGCUGAGCUUUCCAAUUUAAUAGAGCUCUUCAGAAGCACUGUUCUGUAAAUGUAAAACCAUACAUUUUCGCAUCAAAAAAUUCACCAUUACCUCCAUCUUCAAAAAAAAAAAACAAUCAAACCAUGAAAACAACUAUGGAUUGCAAAAAUGUCUGGGUCUGGAAAGUUGGAACUUGUAAUGCUAGCUUUACAUUCCUGGAAAAUCUGUAUUGCAUAACCGACAAAAGCCGUACGCAUUUUUGUCACGAAAAAACGUAGUUUCUCAUGCGGACUGCCUAUGAGAAAGCGCUCCGAAAAGUUGUCAUGCUGGGCUACAUUCGGAAGUGUUUCCAUCAUGCACAUUUUAGCAUCACAAGUUUAUUCCAGGCCCAGACAUAUUUGCAUUUGAUAACAACCUUCGCAACCUUAGUUUUCCUCGCCCUCGAGGCAAUCACCGGGGCGGGAACUUCUGCAGCAUCAUCCUUUCCAGCAGUCACGUCAACCUGGACAAGACCAGCGCAAAUCACGGUACUGUUGAUACAGAUGAAGAUUUCGGUUCAAUUUUUCCUCUUUUUUUCGCACAGUGGAUACAGUUACAGAUACUAUGGAGCUUGACGCAAGUUAUUGUGAAGCACUUGCAUGACAAAAAGAAAAAGCCUAAGCCAACAUCAAACACGUUUCAAAACAGACCCCCACCACCCUGUACGCGCACCAAUCCGCCAAUAAUGCGAUCGAGAUUUCCAGCACCAAGGUCCCCGGGUCCCAACCUCUCGCACAAGCGAGCUUCAACCCCAAAGCGAUGGAAACCGGGUGGAGCCACUUAACCGUGAAAACCGACGAGUGCGACGAAACCGAUUUGGUCGGCUCCAAGCCCCUGGACAUGACGAAGGCGUAUGCCGCGGGGUACUUGGAGGGCGCGCUGAUGAUGGAGCAGAUUGCGCAGUUUCAGUACAACACGGAGGCGGAAAGCGGGAUUUUGGACGAUUUGCACAAGAGUGAGGAGGUACUGGCAGUCAUGACCCAGCAGGACGCGUAUGUGGCGCAAAACGAUUGCUCGGUGGACGCGUUGAGAGACGCGGACGAGGAGACAAAGGCGAAAUGCAAGUACUUUUUUGGAUUUUUGUUGAUACGUUUUUGCAAAAUUUUUAUCUGCCUAAUCUCGAUCUCGAAUCACGGGCGGAAGAUGUCGUGCACCAUUGGGAGUUGAGUGCUAGUUGCGAGGAUUCUGAUUCAAAUUUGAACAUAAGAUAUAAGAAGUUGCACAUGAAAACUACUAUCACUAUCAGGUACAACCACCAGGCCUACCUGAUCCACAUGCAACUGCACGGCAUUCUGAACGGGUACAACGCUGUCGUACCGGAGGGACAGCCGAAAUUGCGGAUGGGCGACUUGCUGCGGUUAAACGCGGACGGUGCGAUUGGGGAGUACUUGCAGGCAUUGUACGCAAGAAGCGGGAGUUCUUUUGUCGAACAGGUAUAAUUUUUUAGAUUUACUGUUUCUUUUGCAUGACAGGUCGUUGUUCUUGAAGAGUCGUUUGUAAAGUGAUAUGUUGCAAUGUUGCUGUAGAAGCACCAGAUGAACACCCGACCCCUAUCAUGCAAUGCAAUUCGCGCGAUGUUUCUUAUUCUUGCUAGUGCUGCUGCUACUGCUUCAGUUGUCCGCAAUACAAAGUACUUUCAAAUCUCUACUUCAGCCCUCCACCCAACUGCAAAACCCGCUUUUCCCCCGGGGAGAAGACCGUCCGGGUCGCUGUUCCGCGCUCGCGAAACUGCUCAAGGAUGACCAGGGAAGAUUCAAUGACAUCUACCUCGGGCAUUCCGUAUGCAUUGCAAAUGUGUCUGCGUCUGGAUGGUUGCAACCUGUGAUGCUGUCUUUGGAUUCUGAAAAAAUCUGUAUUGCGUGACCAGUAGGAGGAGCCCAGUUUGUGCUACGCGGCGAAGGCAUUUCGCAUGCGGAAGAGGCAUCAGGAAGCCAUCGAAAAACCUGUGAAGAUGCUGGACCAUGCAUUACAGGCAUCAUGGGCCAUUACAAAACAUGCAUGACAAAUCUAGCAAUCUUCCAGACCCAGACAUAUUUGCAUUUGACAUUCCUCCUGGGAAGAUUUCAGCGAGAUGAACCGUGUGUGGAAAGUGUACGAUUUCCCCUUCUGCGAGGUCGAGGCGAAGCAGAUCUCCUUUUCCUCCUACCCGGGGGCCAUUUCUUCUACCGAUGACUUCAUGAUCACGAAGGAGACGCAAUUGGGGAUUGCGGAAACCUCGCUCGGGGGGUCUGGACCGGACUGGGGCACGGCGGCUUACGUCAACCGGGAGAAGAAGCACGUGCCGGAUUACGUGCACAUCAUGGUCGCGACCAGAUUGGCGAAGAACGGCUUUGAAUGGAUGCGACACUUUUCGAACCCGAAAAACACGAUCUUGACGGGUGCCUACAAUUCGCAGUGGAUGUUGUUGGACUACGAACUGUUUCGGAACCGGCCGGAUCCAGGUAUAAUUGAUGUGCUAAUGGUGCAUGACAGAACUACGGUCUUAUGUACGUUCGCGCAUGACAACGUUUCUUUUUUUUUUGCUCUGUCUCUGGUUACGAGUUUUUAUUUCUGAUGCUUAUUGUCAAGCAAACGACCCAAAUCCUCUAAAUCAAUCCUCUCAGCCCACCUCGCUCCGUUCACCUUCAUGGUGCUGGAAACCUCGCCCGUCUCCUCGGAGUGGCGCGACAUGACCUCGACCCUCCAAGACCAAACCUUCUGGGCCAGCUUCAACGAACCCUUCUUCGAUUCUUCCCAAAAAGCCGUCGGCCAAACCCCCGACCCGCAGACCUACAUCCGCUACCCCCGCUACCGGGUGUUCGCGGAGCAGCAGAAGAACGUGAAUUCUGUCGAGGACAUAUCCUGAGUAAAAACGUCCCCGCCCCAGAGUUGUCAUGCAGAUUUGCCACGACCGGAACAUUUGCGAUGCGCAUCCCCAUGACAGGCGUUUCCAAUCGUAUUUGGGAUUUUGUAAUGCUGUAAACACGAUGAGAAAGCGGCUUUCUCAUGCGGCUUCCCUUGCCAACCAGCACUACACUGCAGCGGGAAACUUGUCAUGCGCAGCGCCCAAAACUUAGAGAUCUGUGUUGCUAGAUUCCCAUCUUGACUAGUAUCGGGUGGGGACGUUUUUACAUAUGAUAGGACAUGAAGCAGCUGAUGCGCCGGGCAAAGGAAACGGAAAUCAUCAACGGGGAGGAACAACUAUGCACUGCAAAAAUAUCGCACUCGUACUAAUUGCAGUCAUGCGUGACAAAUUUGCUUUCCAAGGUAAAACAGCAUGACAAAUUCAAUUUUUCAUGCUGAGAAAAUUUGUAUAUGCAAUUUCUACUAGCGCGAUGCUUUUGCGAUUCAUAACAACACAUCGGGUACGGCCAGGCCAUCUGCUCCCGCCCGGACUUGAACGAGUUCGGCAUGAAGCAUCUCGUGGGGUGCUGCGAUUCCAAGGUGGUUUCCAGUCAGAUGGUCACGGACAUGAACGUGUUGGCGAUCAACGGGCCAUCCGUUGUUGGAAACGACAAGCCCUUCAACUUCGCGGACCAUCCGAAAGCCCGACACCUCGGCCUCCCGGACGAAAUCACGUGGGGUUGGUACUUCGCCACGGAGGGGGGUUUGGAAUUCGCCCCGAAGGACUGGACGCCGAAGCCGCACGAGAAGGAAUUGGCGCAGGACUCUCUGCCGACGACGGAUGCUCCGGUGGUGACCAACACGAAGAGCAGUGCGACGAAGACCGUGAAGAAUGUCUCAAAGAAAAGACACGGGAAGACGAAGACGGCCGCCACGUCCCUCCAACCAGACGAGGUCGGGGCUUCACCAGCUGAUCAAGAACGACCCCAAGAGGAGCAAAAGCCGUCGCCGUUCCACGACCAAAUCGGCGCGCCACUGGAGGACGAUAUUGACAUCGCUUCUACCGGUAGUACAAGUAGCGACAAGAGAAGAUCUACAACCUCUUCCUCCAACCACUGGCCGUCUGUCCCGCUCAUCAGCACCAGGUCGCUCUGGAACUUUUUCGUCGCCCUGGUUUCCUUCGCGGUUUUCUUGCUGGUUGGCGUCUGCAUCUGGCAGAACAAAAACAAGCGGGGGACUUCUACGGGUGGUAUCUACGGUGGUGCUGGUGCGAAUCAGCCAGGCGGGUUGAUGCCGUCGACGAUGAUGAACACGCCGAGCGGGCUGACGCCAAAUAUGCAAUGCAAAAGCAUCGUACUAGUAUAAAUUGCAUUACAAAUUAGCCCAGCAUUACAAAUUGAAUUUGUAAUGCUGAUUCACCUUGAGGAAGAAACUUGGAAUGCAUUUAUGCAAUUACUACGAAUACGAUACUUUUCCACAGGAUACCAAAGGGAGGAGAACCAGUCCCGUCUUCCAACCGAAGCAACCAGAGAAAUAAACAACCACGGGAGAUGCGGUUCUCGGAGGACGGGUUGUGAGAAGGGCUAGAGUUGUACAACUAGACGUUGAAACCAAGAACUCCGAAUGUAGCGAAAGUCGCAGUCGAAAAUCGAAUGUAAAAUUAGAACUGCGCACUUCACACUGGAGAAGUUCUUGUGGCUUGGUUUUAACCUAGUGAACGACAGCUACCGUCGCAAUCGCUUGUGUCUCCCCCCGGAGGCCGAGUGGGAGUGACUGUUGAUGAUCUUCGUCACGCAGAUAAAAUGCACCUCUUUGCUUUCCCCCUGUAAUUACUUCUAUUUCGUUGGAGAACUAAAUCAGUGGCUACAGUUCCACGCCCAUGGAUAGCAUCACGACUACGACUAAAAAGCGGCGCACUCCUACGACAAAACGCGACAAGCAUUUUCUUUUUCUCUGUUUCCAAGAAUAAAGAUUUGUUUUCUAGUGUAUGGACUAGUGUUUCAAUGUACUCGUCUUGCACUCGCUCUCACGGCAUGAAUAAUUAAAGAAUUUUCUUCAAGCUUGUCGAAUUUCACUUUUCCAUCUUGAUUUUUGUUUUGUGUGCCCGUUGUACUUGCGGUACGAAAAUGAAUGUAUUGCUUUUAGCUUUAUUUGAAUUUUUCACGACUACGCAGCUCUCUAGUUCCGAACCUUCCCUCUAGUCUUGUAAUGCUCGGAACUCGCUCAUCACUACUCUUUUGAAACCAAAGUGAAGCCCUCUUGCUGUCAGCUUCAUUGGCGAACAGACAAACGCGACAACAUUUCAGACGACUCGACUUGUUUUUGUUGCGACCUAUCCGAGCAAAAGAAAAAGUAGAUUGACGAGGGCCGCACCUCUACUGCACGAAAAGCAAGAUUGCGAGUCUGCACAUGGAAGACGACUGGUUGUUCUAAAACGUCG